UUUCCUCCCGGGGCGGGGCCCCGAGCUCUGCGAACUCUGCCCGGGGUGGGCUGGGGGCUGGCUCGGCUGGCUCGUCGGUCGCAUCCCGGGUGAUGGCGGUCCCAGGGCCCGCAGCCCGAGCUGGCGCCAGGCCCAGGAUAGAUCUGCAACUUGUCCAGCGGUUCCUGAGGAUACAGAAGGUUUUCUUUCCUUCUUGGUCAUCACAGAAUGUCUUAAUGUUCAUGACGCUCUUGUGUGUGACCCUCCUGGAGCAAUUGGUGAUCUACCAAGUUGGCUUGAUCCCCAGUCAGUAUUAUGGAGUCCUGGGAAACAAAGACCUGGAUGGAUUUAAGGCCCUGACCUUCCUGGCCGUGGCGCUCAUUGUUCUCAAUUCCACCCUGAAGAGCUUUGACCAGUUCACCUGCAACCUGCUGUAUGUGAACUGGAGGAAGGACCUCACCGAGCACCUGCACAACCUGUACUUCCGGGCCCGAGUGUACUACACCCUCAACGUGCUGCGGGAUGACAUCGAUAAUCCGGACCAGCGCAUCAGCCAGGACGUGGAACGGUUCUGCAGGCAGCUCAGCAGUAUGACCAGCCGGCUAAUCAUCUCCCCCUUCACCCUGGCCUACUACACGUACCAGUGCUUCCAAAGCACAGGCUGGCUUGGGCCUGUGUGCAUUUUUGGAUAUUUCAUCCUGGGAACCAUGGUGAACAAGACUUUGAUGGGGCCCAUUGUGACAAAGCUGGUGCAGCAGGAAAAGCUGGAGGGGGAUUUCAGGUUCAAGCACAUGCAGAUUCGAGUGAAUGCCGAGCCCGCCGCUUUCUACAGAGCUGGGCUUGUAGAACACAUGAGAACGGACCGCAGGCUGCAGAGACUCCUUCAAACCCAGAGAGAGCUGAUGUCCAGGGAGCUCUGGCUCUACAUUGGUAUCAACACCUUUGAUUAUCUGGGCAGCAUUCUGAGCUACGUUGUCAUCGCGAUCCCCAUUUUCAGUGGGAUCUAUGGAGACCUGAGCCCCACAGAGCUCAGCACCCUGGUCAGCAAGAAUGCCUUUGUGUGUAUCUACCUCAUCAACUGCUUCACCCAGCUCAUUGACCUGUCCACCACGUUCUCAGACGUCGCCGGGUACACGCACAGGAUUGGAGAGCUUCAGGAGGCCCUGCUGGACAUGUCCCGAAAAUCCCAAGACUGUGAGAGCCUGGGCGAGAGUGAGUGGGAUUUGAGCAAGGCCCCAGGGUGGCCAGUCACAGAACCAUCAGACACGGCUUUUCUGCUUGACCGGGUUUCCAUCCUUGCCCCCUCCUCUGACAAGCCCCUCAUCAAGGACCUGAGCUUGAAAAUCUGUGAGGGGCAGAGUCUGCUCAUCACAGGCAACACUGGCACUGGCAAGACCUCCCUGCUGCGGGUGCUGGGCGGCCUGUGGGAGAGUGUGAAGGGCUCAGUGCAGAUGCUGACUGACUUUGGGCCCCACGGGGUGCUGUUCCUGCCACAGAAGCCGUUCUUCACUGAUGGGACACUUCGGGAGCAGGUGAUCUAUCCCCUGAAGGAGAUCUACCCUGACUCAGGUUCUGCUGAUGAUGAGAGGAUUAUGAGGUUCUUGGAGUUGGCAGGCCUGUCCAGCUUGGUGGCAAGGACCGGCGGUCUGGACCAGCAGGUGGAUUGGAACUGGUAUGAUGUCCUGUCACCAGGGGAGAUGCAGAGACUGUCCUUCGCUCGGCUCUUCUACCUGCAGCCAAAGUACGCAGUGCUUGAUGAAGCCACCAGUGCCCUGACAGAGGAGGCGGAGAGUGAGCUCUAUCGCAUUGGCCAGCAACUGGGGAUGACAUUUGUCAGCGUGGGACAUCGGCCCAGCCUUGAGAAGUUUCACUCCUGGGUUCUGAAACUCUGUGGAGAAGGACGGUGGGAACUGACCAGAAUCAAAAUGGAAUGAAGCCAAACAUGGAUGCACCGGGACAGCCAAGCCCUGGGGAGGCCUGCGGUGCCCAGGGCAGACAGCGGAGACUGGUGAGGCAAGGGGCCUCUGAUUCACGUCAGGUUCUGUGUAGGAACCCUAGCAGCCGCAGGCCCUGCCAGGCGUGGCCCUGCAGGGAGCACUGAGGUCUCCCCAGCGCUGUUCCUGUGGGUUUUUACGAAUGACUUCAGAUGACGGUUGCUGAAGAUAAAUCAAAUGCGCUAAAAAGUGAAAGGUCAGAAUGAGACAGCUGUGGGACUCAAGUAAGCUGAUUAGAUAUCAGUGAUAGAUUUUUUUAAACUUUAAUUAACCACUUAAAUUUUGUAAGUUUUUUUUUUUUUAAAAAAAAGAAUAAACAUUAAAAAUGUGUCUUUUCUCUACUAUAGAGUGGUCUCUUUGAUUGAGUCUCCAGACUUGUCCUUACGGUGUGGAGGUAUACUCUCCUACCUGCCGGGCAUGGAGAGGGCACAGUGUGGCCCGUGCCUGGACCACUGACCCCGGGGACCCUCUGUCUUCAUUAUCUUUUGUUUGUUUGUUUCAUUACUGGGAAUUGAACGUCCAGCCUUAUGACUCCUAGGCAAGUGCUUUACCGUGGAGCUACAUCCCCAGCUGUCUGUAUUAUCCAACUCAGAAGAAAAUAAUCCCUUUUUCCUUAUCAGCUAAAAUAAGGUUGAUGGGUUUUGUCUUGUUUUGUUUCUCCUACCCCCACCAAAAAAGAAAUUUGUAUUACAGAACAAGAAAAAAAAUUAGGCCAAAUGUGGUGGUACAUACCUGUAAUCCCAAAAGGAUGGUGGCAGAGGCAGGAGGAUUAUGAGUUUGAGACUUGUCUGGGCUAAAUAAUAAGACCCCCUACAAGUUAAAUU